UACUCCAGAGGCAGUUCACAGCAACUCAUUUCUUUCUUCGCGAGAGGGCAAAGGGGAGCGAAGCGGAAGAGCGAGGGAGCGGGUGACGUCACCUUCCUCCAGGGUUUCCCGAUCGGCGGCGAUGGCGGCCAGGACGGCGGCGAGGUUCGUGCAGCGCAGGCUCCUGUCUUCCGGCGGCAAGGUCCUCAGCGAGGAGGAGAAGGCCGCCGAGAACGUCUACAUCAAGAAAAUGGAACAAGAAAAGCUGGAGAAGCUCGCACGCAAGGGUCCCAGCUCAGGAGAGCAAGCUUCAUCCACCACAAGCUCUGCAGCAAGUGAUGUGAAGGCUGCGGGCGGGCCAACAGAGUCAGCAUCUGUGGGUGUGUCAACUGACAAGAACAGGAACUAUGCUGUCUUGGCAGGCACAAUUGCUGCCCUGGGUGGCCUGGGUUGGUAUCUCUUGUCAAAGCCUAAGAAGUCAGAGGAGGUUGUGGACUGAAGGGGGGUUGUGGAUGGGAUCUGCGGACAGUCUGCCUCAUCAGUUUCACCCGGGUUUACUUUCUGCGCAUAGACCUGCACCUUCUUGGAAAUAAUUGUUGAAGUAUGCACUCGAGACACUGUAGUUUACUCCGGCACUUGUCAACUCGCAAUGUUGUAUGAGUAUGAUGAUGUGCCACAUCGUUGCUGAAGAGGUUUUUGGGUACUGCUGUUUCGAAUCUAUGGAACCUGUUGGCUCUUGUCUUUAAUCAGCAGUUCAGCACAUACUUGCUUUAGUGCAUUCUGUGAUACUGAAAGAGAAUUGACAUAAUGCAUGCGUUGCCAUUUUGCCUCGGUUGUGCCA